AUGGAGGUUGUUGGAGAGUCUGUUCUUUCUGCUGCCCUCCAAGUUCUGUUCGGUAAGUUGGUUUUCCCUGAGUUGCUCAACUUUGCUGGCCAAGAGGGGGUCAUUGCUGAACUUGAAAACUGGAAGGAGAAACUGAUGAUGAUUAAUGAAGUGCUGGACGAAGCUGAGGAGAAGCAGACAUCAAAGCCGUCCGUGAAAAACUGGCUUGACAAUCUCCGAGACUUGGCUUACGACAUGGAAGAUGUGCUGGAUGAGUUCGCGACCGAGCUGUUGCGAUGCAGGUUGAUGUCAGAAGGUGCUGAUCAGGUGGCCACCACAAGUAAGGUACGGAGCCUCAUCCCGACUUGCUUUACUGGUUUCAAUCCUGUUGAUGAAGUUAAGUUUAAUAUUGAGAUGGGGACCAAGAUCAAGGAAAUCACUAGGCGGUUAGGCGAUAGUUCAACCCGGAAAGCUGAGCUGGGUUUUGAUAUGGUCCCGGGUGUUGAAACAAGUUGGGGAAGUUUUGCAUCUGGAGCAGCUUCUACUUGGCAACGACCCCCUUCUACAUCUUUGAUUAACGAAGCUGUUCACGGCAGGGAUAAAGAUAAAGAAGUCAUUAUUGAGAUGCUGUUGAAGGAUGAAGCAGGUGAAAGCAACUUUGGGGUAAUUCCCAUUGUAGGUAUAGGUGGGAUGGGGAAAACUACACUGGCCCAGUUGAUAUACAGGGAUGAAGAAAUAGUGAAGCAUUUUGAGCCAAGGGUGUGGUGUGUAUCAGAUGAGAGCGAUGUAGAGAAGUUAACGAAGAUAAUUCUCAAUGCCGUCUCUCCGAAUGAAGUCCGUGAUGGGGAUAACUUUAAUCAAGUGCAGCUCAAGCUAAGCAAUAAUCUGGCUGGAAAAAGGUUUUUGCUAGUUUUGGACGAUGUGUGGAACAUCAACAAUUAUGAGCGAUGGAAUCACUUACAGACUCCCUUUAAGUCCGGAGCUAGAGGAAGUAAAAUUGCAGUAACAACACGUCAUGGGAAUGUUGCAUCUUUGAUGAGAGCAGACAGCUUCCACCAUUUGCUCAAGCCUUUAUCCAAUGAUGAUUGUUGGAAUGUAUUUGUGAAACAUGCAUUUGAAAACAAGAAUGCCAAUGAACAUCCAAAUUUGGAAUUAAUUCAACAAAGGGUCGUAGAGAAAUGUAGUGGCCUGCCCUUAGCAGCAAAGAUGCUUGGUGGGCUUCUACGCUCCGAACCACAGGAUCGAUGGGAACGUCCUGGAUUUGAACUGGAAAACCUUGGUGGUGUGCGACAUUCAUGGAUCAAAGGGUGUCAUGGGGUUGUAUCCUUGGAAGAGCAGGGGCUGCCUUGCAAUCUUCAAUACUGGGAAGUGAAUGGAUGUUACAACUUAGAGAAGCUGCCUAACGCAUUACACACCCUCACAUCUCUUACAGAUUUGCUAAUUCAUAAUUGCCCAAAACUCCUAUCAUUCCCAGAGACAGGUUUGCAGCCUAUGCUAAGACGUCUUGGGGUCAGAAAUUGCAGGGUUCUGGAGACACUGCCUGAUGGAAUGAUGAUGAACAGUUGUAUACUUGAGUACGUGGACAUUAAAGAGUGUCCAUCUUUUAUUGAAUUUCCAAAAGGUGAGCUACCCGCCACCCUCAAGAAGUUGACGAUUGAAGAUUGUUGGAGACUAGAGUCUCUACUUGAGGGAAUUGACAGCAACAACACUUGUCGACUUGAAUGGCUACAUGUAUGGGGAUGUCCAUCUCUCAAGUCCAUUCCAAGAGGCUACUUUCCCUCCACACUUACUUUCCAUUUGGGACUGCGAGCAAUUGGAGUCGAUUCCAGGGAAUCUGCUGCAAAAUCUCACAUCUCUUCGACUUCUGAACAUAUGUAA